CAAGCAGAAAAAAAAGACAUGAAAAUGCAUCUCCCUCUAUUUUUUUUUUUUCUAUAUCUCUUUUUCUUUCUUUUUAUUACUAUGGAACAAUUGGUAAUAAAUCCCUUUGUGAGGGAAGAAGAAAGGAUGCUAUGUAAAGAUAGCGAAGGAUGGGUAAGAGAUCAAAAGUACAGAAAAAAAGGGCACAUCAAUAAACAGUUUCUUUAAGGGUCCGUUUUCAAACCAACGUGUACCAGAUUUUACUCCAUGCUUUGAGGACAGUAUAAUCACCUUUAUUCCUUACAUCUAUGUGCUUGUUGCUGGUAUGACUCGAAUUUGGAUACUUUCCAAAAGAGAACGAUUACCAAAAAACCUGACAAACAAUUGGCUUUAUUUUGUAAAAAUGUCUACUCUCCUCUUGAUUCUUUUAACAACCACAUCAUCAUUUAUUGCUUCUAUUCUUGAUAAAGGUAUCCAAUGGAUAGACAAUAUACAGAUCAUUGCUCAAGGAAUUACUGUUAUCAUGACGAUCUUUGUUACCGUCUUACACCAUGUCGAAUACACUCGUAACCGCGUCUCAUCUGCAGUGUUAUUGUUCUAUUGGCUAUUUGUCAAUAUUGUCAAUGGCGUCAAAUUACGCACACACUGGCUUAGUCAUGACGAGGAUACACAGUUUAUCCUUUUUGGUAUUUAUACUGCCUUAUCCGUCAUCAUCUUUGUACUGGAAAACGUGCCAAAGCCAGUAGGACAAUAUAUUUUGUUAGAAGAGCACGAUUCACCUGAAGAAAAAUCAAAUAUCUUUUCGAGAUUGACCUUUAGUUGGAUGACACCCUUGAUGAGACUAGGCUACCAAAAACCAUUAACGAUGGAUGAUUUAUGGAAUCUGAACACAGAGGAUCAAUCUGCAAUUAUUGGCACCAGAUUUGAAAAGGAUUGGGAAAAGGAGAUGAAGAAGCCAAAUCCUUCUCUUUUACGUGUCCUCGUCAAGACGUUAGGUGGUCCAUUCGCUUUAGCUGCAUUUUUUAAAUUACUUCAAGACAUCCUUCAGUUCACCCAGCCUAUGCUUCUGAAGCAACUGAUGCGCUGGGUCACGAGCUAUACUACAGCUGACCCUGAACCUUCUUAUGUCGGCAUCUUUAUUGCUGUCGGUAUGUUCCUGACUGCUGUCUGCCAGACGAUGUUCCUUCACCAGUACUUUCAACGCUGUUUCUCGACAGGCAUGCGUCUUCGUGCCGCUCUUGUCACUGCAAUUUAUAGAAAGACAUUGGUACUUAGUAACUCUAGUCGUCAAAAAUCAACUGUGGGCGAGAUUGUAAAUCAUAUGAGUGUGGAUGCUCAAAGACUCAUGGACUUGUGUACCUAUUUCCACAUUGUCUGGAGUGGUCCUUUACAGAUCGUCAUUGCCUUAUUCUUGUUGUAUAACACGAUGGGACCUAGUGUGGGCGCUGGUCUUGCUGUGCUUAUCUUGGCUAUUCCAUUAAACACCUAUAUCGCUCGCAAGAUGCGUACUUACCAAAAGACGCAGAUGGGCAACAAGGACGCAAGAGUCAAGUUGAUGAACGAAAUACUAAACGGCAUUCGCGUGAUCAAACUGUACGCCUGGGAAGCGCCCUUUUUGGAAAAGAUCAAUUUCAUCCGUAACGAUUUGGAACUAGCGACACUAAAGAAAAUUGGUGUCUUAUCCGCCGUUCAAAACUUCACAUGGAUGUCCGUUCCCUUCUUUGUAUCGCUCUCGACGUUUGCUGUCUAUGUGUCGAUCUCAGACGUACCCUUGUCGAGCGACAUUGCGUUUGUGGCAAUUGCACUGUUUGGCUUGCUGCAGUUCCCAUUGAACGUGUUCCCUAACGUGAUCACGUCCAUGAUCGAAGCGUCUGUGUCCCUGUACCGUAUCGAAAAAUACCUUGCUUCUCCUGAACUCGAUCCCCAUGCGGUCACGCGCCUUGACUAUCGACUCGACUCGGCCUACACAUCCAGCACGCCCUUGGUCGAAAUUAACCAUGGCGAGUUUAAAUGGAACGAAGAAGAUCCUGAGCCUGUUUUGAAAGAUAUCAACUUGACCAUCAAGAAAGGAGAAUUGACGGCCGUCGUCGGUCGUGUGGGUGCUGGCAAAUCGUCAUUGAUUAGCGCACUCCUGGGCGAUACGAUCAAAGUGGGUGGUGAAGUUAUUCUGCGCGGUUCAGUUGCAUAUGUGCCUCAACAACCCUGGGUGAUGAACGCGACGUUACGUGAGAACAUUGUCUUUGGUCAUCGAUGGGACCCCGAGUUUUAUGAAAGAGUUAUUGAGGCUUGCUCACUCAAGACCGAUAUCUCCAUCCUGAGCGGUGGCGAUCAGACAGAGAUUGGUGAGCGUGGUAUUAACUUGUCCGGCGGUCAAAAGGCGCGUGUGUCAUUGGCCCGCGCGAUCUAUGCUCGUGCAGACAUUUACUUACUGGAUGAUCCUUUGAGUGCGGUGGAUGCUCAUGUAGGAAGACACAUCUUUGACCAUGUGAUUGGCCCUGAAGGUAUUCUCAAGAACAAGGCACGUGUACUAGUCACCCAUGGUAUUUCAUUCUUGUCUCGUGCAGACCAAGUCAUGAUGCUUCGUAACGGACAGGUCGGUGCGAUCGGUACUUACAACGAUUUAAUGAGUCAAAAGGCCGAACUGUACCAGCUUAUCACUGACUUUGGCAAGAAAUCCGCAUCAUCUGAUGAAUCUAGUGAAGACUUGAAGACCGUUGAAGGUCACGAUGAAGACAUCAUUCAUGAAGAAACGGCUUCUGUUGACCUGGUUCCCCGUGAAGAAGAUGCUUCUUUAACCCGUCGUCGUCGUUUGAACAGUGAGGCGUCUAUUAUGAGUGCUGCAACACUUCGUCGCGCAUCACUCGCCUCUUUGUCAAAGAAGAAGCACACGGCAAAGACAGAUAAUACACGUUUGAUGACGGUUGAAGAGAGUGCAAAAGGUAGUGUCACCUGGGAUGUUUACAAAGAAUAUGCCAAGUCCUGCUCCUUUUACGGCGUCAUCGCUGUUCUCGGCCUCUUGGCUCUCUCUCAGCUUGCCUCUGUAGGCACCAAUCUCUGGCUCAAACACUGGUCCUCUGUAAACCUAGAAACAGGCAACAACGACCGCGUAUGGUUCUACUUGGGCAUUUAUGCCCUGAUCGGUUGGUCCUCCACCAUCCUCUCGAUGAUCCAAACACUAAUCCUUUGGGUUUACUGUGCCAUUCGUUCUGCUCGUGUCUUACACUCUAACAUGCUCGAUACCGUCAUUCGAUCACCCAUGUCUUUCUUUGACACGACACCUCUGGGUCGUAUCUUAAACAGAUUCAGCAAGGAUCAACACACGAUUGACGAACUGUUGCCUCGAACCUUUAGCGGUUACUUCCGUGUUCUGUUUACUGUUAUCUCAACCAUCUUGAUCAUUGCCUUCUCUACACCUGCCUUUAUGAUCAUGGUGCUUCCUUUGGGUGCCAUUUACAUCUACAUCCAACGCUACUAUCUGGCCACCUCUCGUGAACUCAAGCGUCUGGACUCUGUCGGUAAGAGCCCCAUCUAUUCUCAUUUCCAAGAAACGAUCUCAGGCGUAUCGACGAUCCGUGCCUACGAACAACAACGCCGCUUCAUUUUCGAAAAUGAAAACCGAUUGGAUGACAAUCAGAGAGCGUACUAUCCCUCGAUCUCUUGUAAUCGCUGGCUGGCCGUCCGUCUCGAAUUUCUUGGCUCGAUCAUCAUCCUCUGCGCUUCUCUUUUUGCUGUCCUUGGUAUCCUGUACGGUGGAUCGGCGAUUGAUGCCGGUCUCGUUGGUCUUUCUGUCUCUUAUGCUCUUAGCGUCACGCAAGCCCUCAACUGGGUUAUUCGCCAGUACUGUGAAAUCGAAACCAACAUCGUGUCAGUCGAACGCGUGAAGGAAUAUAUUGACCUGCCUACUGAGAAAUACAACGCUGUUCGUGGCGUGAGCCCCAUGUGGCCAGAAAAGGGCGUGAUUGAAUUCCGUGACUAUGCUACCCGCUACCGCCCUGGAUUGGACCUGGCUCUCAGAAACCUCUCGUUCACGGUCGCAGCCAAAGAAAAGAUUGGUAUCGUCGGCCGCACAGGUGCUGGCAAGAGCUCGCUCAGCUUGAGUUUGUUCCGUAUUGUCGAAGCCGCCAAGGGAUCGAUCUUUAUUGACGGCGUCGAUAUUUCUAGCUUACGUCUGUUUGACCUUCGUUCACGAUUGACGAUUAUUCCUCAAGACCCCGUCCUGUUUGCUGGUACCGUUCGUGAAAACUUGGAUCCCUUUGGUGCCCACGACGAUGCCCAGAUCUGGCAGGCCUUGCAGCACUCACAUCUUCAUGAACAUAUCUCCAAGUUGGACGGUAAACUCAAUGCAGUCGUUCUCGAAGGCGGUGAAAACUUUUCGGUCGGUCAGCGUCAGUUGAUUUGUCUGGCCCGAGCGCUCCUUCGUCGUACGACGAUUUUGAUAUUGGAUGAAGCGACAGCCGCUAUUGAUGUUGAAACAGAUGCUAUCAUUCAAGAAACCAUCCGUCAUCAGUUUUCUCACUGCACUAUUUUGACAAUCGCUCACAGAAUUAACACCGUCAUGGACUCUGACCGCAUCUUAGUCCUCGACAAAGGUAGCAUUGCCGAGUUUGAUGCUCCUGAGAAGCUGAUACAAGAUAAACAAUCCAUCUUUUACUCUAUGGCAAAAGAAGCUGGACUCGUAAAUUAGAUGUCUUUGUAUACAUAAUGUAAAUUGAAACUUGCUUUAUAAUAAACUUGCUUGAAGGAACCAAGUCCAUUUGAUUUCCUUCUCCCGUUAAAUUUACCACCUC